AUGCCAAGACGACAUUAUUUACAGAACAAAACUACUGGAAAAAAGUACCCUGUCCAUAGUUUACGACGUUCAACUUGUCUUCCUAAAGAUGAAAAAUUACAAAGAAAGUUUAAUGAUCAUAUUCAGUUGAGUGCUUCAGAUCUUCCACAUAAAGUUGAUCUUCGUUCAAAAAUGACGCCUAAUAAACAUCAAGGAGACACGAAUAGUUGUGCAGCGACUGCUUUUGCAGGAGCUCUUGAAUAUUUAUUGAAAAAAAGUAGUAGCAUGAACAUUGAUAUAAGUCGAUUAUUCGUUUAUUACAAUGCUCGUAUUAAAGAUAACGGACCCAACAAAAAUGUCAAAGAUGAAGGUAGUAUUGUAACAGGUGCUCUAGAAGCAUUAAAAGAAUUUGGUCGUCCAAAUGAAAAAGCACACAAAGCAGCCCAAAAUAAAAAGAUAGUUGAUGCAUUACAAAUUGAUGUAGAUUUAAAUGAGAUGAAAACAUGUCUUGCGCAAGAUUAUUCAUUUGCAUUUGGCUUAUUAUUAUUUCAAUCCUUCGAUAAAGGACGUAAAAAUGGUGUUAUACCAACGCCAAAACCAGAAGAAGCAAGUCGAAAGACACAUGAUGGACCAGGAGAACAACAAAUGCAAGAAGAAGAAGACUUACAAGAGGAAGAUGAUCCACAAGAACAAGAAGAACAAUUAUAA